AUGACGCGAGAACGACCAAACAAAGGGCUCGGCCAACAGAGAGCGCUUGCCUUCAGCCAACUGGCUCUGGCGCGCACUUCGUCGCGCGCAUCUUCUCCUGCUUCUGCAGCUUCCCUGCCUUCUCGCUUCACGUCUCCCGUCUGCUCUUCCUCGCUCUCUCCUCCGCCUCCCGGGCCUCGGCUGGUCACUUCCUCUUUGUCUUCUGCCUCGGCGUUUCCGCGUCGCUCUCGACUGAUUUCUUCCCCGUUUUUGCCGUUUGCGUCCUACCAUUGGCUCGCUACCUGCGACUCGCCAUCACCCGCCUGCGACGCUCUUUCCUCACGCGCGGCGCAUGCCUGCUGGAGUCAUCGCGCCUCGUCUCCCUUUUCUGGCGCGUCAUCUCUCUUCAACUCGCACACUUCUUCGCCUUUCCCGCCCAACCUCCGCAGGACGCCUUUCCCCCUUCGCUCUCCAGUUUCGCGGCGAGCAUUCGCCUUCUCUUCGCGCUCUGCCGCAGAGAGAAUCCGCGCAGACGCCGCAGGGAGCCAGCCGCUUCGUAGAGACUCUGCUGGCGUGAACAGAGCUGAAGAGGAGACAACAGACGAACCGUUUUCUUGUCGGGAAGGGUCGGCGUCGAUUGAGCGAGACUCGUGGCCGUCUGGUGAGGAAGAAACGAAACAGCGGAGCGAACUUUCGCGCGAGGUCAGGUCGCCCCAUAACUUCAGCGACUCUGUUCUGAGAGAUGGCUUGGAGCGGCUCUCCAUCGCCGACCUGUUUUCGGCGCUCGGUUCGCCGGGGGCCGGCGGCGCGCUGGAGGGAAGCAAUUUCAGCGCACACCGAAGCCACGAAGCGAAACAAGCGGCUCUCGAACGCGAAGACGCGCGCGAAGCAGACGCGGAAGCGAAUUUCCGCGAAACACGGGAACGGCAUGCCGCGAGUCCCAUCGCCUCCGGCCUGUCGAUAUCGCCGACCGCAGGCGCUUUUGCCGGCUUCUCCGCAGAGACUGGGAGAGGCAUCGUGAUUCCGUUCUGGCCUGAGGAGACGUUCGAGGGACGCCUCCAACCGGCAAAAAUUCUUGCGACAGAGGAUGAGCCGACGGAUGCGGACGUGCGCACGCGAGCCCAAGAUCAGUGGGACGCCUACGCCGGAGAGGGCUGCGUGCAGGGCGACCCCAGCCCGUCGGCUGACGGCGCUGCGUCGCCACUGGAGCCCUGGAGGUCUCCACAAACGCCUGUGGCGCAAAGGCACAGCCGACCAGAUGAGGAGGGGGGGGGUUUGGUGGCUGUGAGCAGUUCUUCGGCCUCCGCUCUCUCCUCUGGAGACGCCCACGCGACACCGGACCGCAGAGGAGCGGGACGGGCGGAGACAGGGCGACCCACCGCCACGCGAGCUGUCCGCCAGACUUCGUUUUUGUUCGAUGACGAAGAAGCUGACGACUGGCGGCUCGGUGACGCCGAAGGGACGGGAGAGGCUCCCAGCGCGGCCGCCGACAGCGAACCACGCCUAGAGGCCUCGAGAGGCGGAGCGCGGCGACGCCCAGCGCCCUCCGACUCUGGCGCCCAAGCCGUCGGGCGACAGAGACGCAAGGGCAUGCAGAGCUCUGCUGCGACCAUAUCAAGCGUUUCUACGUCGCAUCUGGGUUCCUCCUUUCCGUCGUCUGCCGCGUCCUCUGCGCCCGCGCCGCCCUUCGUGUCGCGUGCGCCGGAAGCGCUGUCGCCGCUGGACAUGCUUCGCCUGGCGCGCGCCGAAAGAGAGUUCGAGGCGGCGGAUCACGUGCUGCGGCUCCAAGCCCUCGCGCGCACAUCCAGCGACGCCUUGGGUGCAGACGAGGCGACUUCGGCACACAGAGCGUUUCUGUGGCGGCGCGCGACGCUACGGUUGACGCCGGAGGUCACGGCGACUCUCGCGCCUGCGUCGCUCCUGCAGACGCUCCAGGCGCUCGCAAGGGGUCGUGGCUCCGGGCUGCUGCCCCCCUCGCCCGCGCUCCUGAUUCAAGUCUUCAACGCAUGCACUGAAAAACUCAUGUACUGGAGCCUGGAUGACCAGCUCCUUCUGCUUCGUGCCGCCUCGUCGCUCCUCCUCCCGCCGGCUCCCGAGGUCUCUGCCGCUGCGUCUGGAGGAGCCGCUGCGGCUCCGCUGGUUUCCUCCUCUACUUCUGCGUCGUCUUCGUUGUCGCCUUUCCUCGCUUCGCCGCCGUCCGCCGGAUGGCCUGUCGCCAAGCCAGACUGGGGAGGCGGCGCCCUGGGACCCGCCGCAGCUUUCACAAUGGAGGUGCUUCUCCAGCGCAUGCAAGCCGAACGGGAGAACUUGAAGGUCUCCGAUAUCGUGGCAGUUCUCCACGUGUACGCGCGGCUGAAGCUUCUGUCGCCUUCGUCGUCUCUUCUCCUCCUCGAUACGCUUUACCGGAAGCUCCUUGAGAGCCAAGCCCGGCAGAAGCGCCUGCUUCGCGUGGCAGCCGCAGUUGCGCAAACGCGGUGGGAGGGCUCCGGAGGCGCGCCAGCAGGGGGGAAGCGCAACAACGAGCACAGAGACCUCGAAGAAGGGACAGCAUCCCUGGGUCGGUAUGCGGGGCCUGCACAGCCGCAACCGUGUGUGGCAAGCGCACCCUCGAGCGGAGGCAGCGUUUGCCGUGCGGCCUCUCCCCGCAGAGACACCCAAGCGCGCCGCGAGAGCCGUCCCUCUGGUACCUCGCGUUCUCUGCUUUUGUCGCCCUCGCUGGAGUCUUCGCUCAGCUCCCUGCUUCGCCUGGCAGACAGCGUCGCCUGCCUCCUAGAUGAGGGAGCGAGGCGCUGCGGUCUCUCGCCUUCGGAAGAGAUCCUCGGCGCGCAGUUACUCCGACGGCAUGUCCACCGCAUGCAGCAGGCGCGAAAAACUCCAGCGGCGUUCUCGGGGUCCGCUAGCGCGUCGCACGCGGCCGGAGAGGCGCCAGGCAAGCAUGCCAAGGGGCUCGAAGAAGAGUCGCGGAGAAGCCUCCGCCUCUGCGGUCCGGCAGCGCAGGGCCGCGGCACGCCAGAUGCCGAAUGCGAAGCUGAAAGUGAAGGCCGCAGAAGGCCAGAUGACCAGGCGGAAGCAGAAAUGGCUCAGGGGCCUUCUCGCGGCGUGCCCUCGCACAACGCCGAAUUUCUGGCUUUGAGAGACAGCCACGGAACCUCCCUUGCGUCGGAAGCCUCGGGGGCCCCGACUCUCCCGAGGUCUCCGCAGUCGCCUCGCGUCGCGUCUCCGCAAACCCAGGCCGCCGCUGCGCUGUCGCCGCUCUCUCUGCGGCUCAUGGCGCGGCUUUUCCAGCACUUGGUUGAGGGAUUUCUCGCCUCCUAUCGCCUCGAGCGAGAGACACUGGAGCGCGUGGACCCGGGGGCGGGUGGCGGUCACUCGGGCGGCGGCGCGGCGCGGGGGAUUCCGCGAAGGAGCAGAGCCGCGCAGUCUGCUUCUCUGCAUCCCCUGCAUGUCUCCCGACUCUUGCACGCAAUGACGGUCUUGGACUUCCGCGCCUGUUCGAUGUACUCCUACGCCCAGACAGUCCGCUCGCGCCACUUUUUCCAAGAACUCUUCAGCUUGCUGGACGUCGACGCACUGCUCGCAGUCGACGGGGUGGAGGGCGGCGCUGCCGCAUCCGCCGCAGUGUCUGUCGUUGCGGACCUCGCACUGCAGAAGAGGCUCUACGAGUGCACGCAAGGCUCUUUCGCCUCGUCUGCGGCUGCUCAGAAACGAGGCGAAUCUCCCAGUGACGGGGCAGGUUACAGUGAAGCCGUGCGUCCCGCCGGUCUCGCGGGCGCUGGAAGCGCCAGAGAUGCAGAGAAGGCACAGGCUCCUCAACAGUCCGAGGCGCAGGACGUGGCAGCGGAAAAGGACGUGGACAGAAAGCAAGCAGAGGGCUUCUUUGUGGACUCGAUGAAGGAUGAGAUCCUUCCACGUCUAGUCGCGGUUGCGCUCCGACACGCUAGAACGCUCAGCGUCCAUCAGCAUGCAGCGCUUCUGGAGGCGCUGAGUCUGCAUCUCCGGUACCGGCACGACUUCCUCCUCGACGCGCUCAGGUGCUCCGCGCUGGCGGCCGCCAGUCGGGCGCUUGGCAUUUUGCCUUCUGGGUCCUCUGCGACAUCGCGCCACGGCGUCCCGCCGGCGUCGCUCUUCAUGGCCGCUUGGUCGACGAUGCGGCUGUUCUGCACACUCCUGAGGCAGCAUCCUCUUGUUGCUUUCCCCGUCGUUCUAGAAGGCCACGGGGUCUUCGCAGCCGCCGCCGACGUCUUGGCCGCGGGCUCGCUGCGUGUGUCCGCUUUCUCGUCUCCAUCUGAUCUCGGCGGGACGCCCACGCCGAGGCCGCUGGGCUUCGCUUUGCCCGAGGAAAACAGCGACCUCGCUCGUGCCCGUCUUCUGGUCCUCCUCCUCUCCAGUCUUCUUCCGCAUCUGCGCAAACGUCACGAGCGGAUACUGCCUUGCGCUGCGGCGGAAGCUCACAGACUUUGUGCGCCCUCAUUCCCGACGCGGUCCCCUCAGUCUGCGUCAGCGAUGACAUUAGAGCCUGCGGGAGCGUCUGCGGAGUGCGCAGACCCCCUAGGCGGCCAGAAGGCUUUGCAGCAAGCGAUGAAGGUGUCAGAAACGCAUGGUGAGCCGUAUUCAGGCGAACGGAGAGGAGCUUCAGAAGCGAACCAAACGUGCGGGGCGAGAGACAGAAGCUCCUCGCCGCGACUCCGUCCUCUAUGGGUGUAUGUGCACCCGAAUUUGAGCGAGUUCAACAAAUCUCCUCUGUGCUUUCUCGAAGGUCCGCUGCGACAAAAGGCAGUCUAUUUGCCUGGGCUCCUCGACGCGAUGGCGAACGACGCAGAGCGGGUGGUCGCGGCUGUUCGCGGUGGCGACACUGCAUUCAAACAUUUUUGA